CCUGCAUUGAAUGCGAACGAGUGGGGGCAAAUCCCUUUGAAUUUGUCAAAGUCGCUGCCUGACCUCGACUAAGUGUCUGUUCUGCGGACUGAUCUACGAUUGUCAACACGACAUAUAACUCUCAUCUUUUCAGCCAACAUCGUCCUUCCUUUCCCUCUCUUGCUGUGAUCAUCGGAAGUCAGUGUUAUCUUCAAGAUUUGGAUCACCCUAUGACAUUGUGCCACACCAUGAAGCCUACAUUCUUUGCCAUGCUGGCAGCCCUAGCACUUCCGCUCAGCUCGGCUCAGACCGCUAGGCCCGACUGCUACACCAGCACUGGUGACAUGGAAAUGGUUGGCACAUCCGUAUACCAGUCUACCGGGAUUUGCAUGAAUAUGUGCAACCAAGUCAACGCGUAUUACUACGCCACCCAAGGAAAAGCCUGCUGGUGUGGCAAGCAGCCACCGCCAUUUGAGACUAAAACAGACAACCGAGCCUGUACAAUUCAGUGUCCGGGUUACCCGUUCGAUAAGUGUGGCGGUGAUGGUGUCUACUCGGUUGGGGAAAUGCCGGGCGACCAUCCGAGCAUCUCUAGCGGGGAAAGCGCUUCGACUAUGGCUGCAGCUUCGACUGCAGUAGGCACAAUUCAGAGCACAGCUACUGCUGAUAAUUUGGCUAUGCCCUCGGAGUCAUCUGGUCCUACCAGUUCCAGUUCUGUCUCUGUCGUACCUUGGACCAGCAGCACACCGCUGGCGAGUGCUGUUCAUGCCAAUUCUACCUCCGUGGCGAGCCCUCGCUUCAAGCUACUCUUUCUCCAAAAUGCUUAA